GCCCCCCUGCAGGGCAGCGUGUCCGCCGGACGGGGCCGCCGCCGUCGCUCUGCGGUGGCUGUAGGACUGCGGGGCCCAGAGCCGCGGCCCCCUUGGGCCCCAGAUCCCCAGGUGUCCGGGACACGGUUAUGCCCCGUUCCCUAACUCCGAAGUAAAAUGGACACGCGGCCGUCUGGAGCAGCCAUGAAGGCCGAAACCGUGUCCUCGCCACAAGGGAGCCGAGCAGUGUCCAGCUGUGGCCGCAGUAACCUGCUGAGUAGCCGGAAGCUGAUGGCUGCGGGGGUCGUGCUUGGCUGCCUCCUGGUCAUCCACGUUCUGGUCGGUGUGUGGCUUCUCUGCCUUCUGUCUGCCUUGCUGGUGGUGCUGGGGGGAUGGCUGGGCUCAAACGCCAUUGUGGGGGCUUCCGGUCGACUGCAUCUGGAGCGCUUCGUCCCAGUGGCCGUCUGCUCUCCGCACCCCGAGGCCGAGAGGCAGCUAGAACAGGAGAUCAACCGCACCAUCCAGCUGAUUAUUCGGGACUUUGUGUCAUCCUGGUAUCGCUCAGUGAGCCAGGAGCCAGCCUUCGAGGAAGAAAUGGAGGCGGCCAUGCGAGGGUUGGCCCAGGAGCUGCGGAGGAGGAUGGGCAUGGUGGACAGUCAUGCUCUGGCCCGAAGGGUUCUGAUUCUCUGCGGUUGUCACCUGCAGAGCUAUAUUCAGGCAAAGGAGGCUACAGCAGGGAAGCAGAGCGGUGGGGUUGAGCCCUCCCAACUCUGGGAGGCUUACUGCAGAGCUACUGCCCCACAUCCUGCUGUCCAAAGCUCCAGUGCUGAGGUUACCUAUACCCGCAGCAUUGUGAGUUUGUUGCUGCAAGGACUAGUGCCAAAGCCCCACUUGGAGACUCGGACAGGAUGCCAUGUAGUGAUCGAACUCAUUACCUGCAAUGUGAUCUUACCACUGAUUAGCAAACUGUCAGAUCCUGACUGGAUCCAUCUUGUACUUGUGAGCAUUUUUUCCAAGGCCGGGAAUAAUCCAGCAGGAGUGGUUGAACCACUCUGCCCAGCCAGUGCCCUGGAACAGCCCUCAGUGCCCACCUCUCUGCCGCUGAUUGUUGAGGUCCAGAGUCUGCCAGAAGUGAGAGCUCCUUCUCCAGCUGCAGCUCCAGUGCUCCUAAACGGUACUGAGCCAGAGGGACUGUUCCGCUCCUCCCCAGAAGUUGAAGAAGGCCAUGAAGCUGUAGAGGGAGAUUUGGGUGGAGUGCCAGAAGAAAGAAAAGUAGGAAACAACUCAUCUCACUUUCUACAGCCAGACAUUCGAGGCCCUUUGUUCUUAUGUGAAGACGCAGAGCUGGAGUCUCCAUUGUCUGAACUCAGCAAAGAGACCAUCAUGCUCAUGACCCCAGGCAACUACCUGUCUGACAGGAUCCAGGAUGCCCUGUGUUCCCUAGGGGGUUCCCAGUCUCUGCAGCCUAAGGAUGAUGAAGGAUCUGAAGGAAUUGAAGGAGCAGAGGCUGAAGAAGGUCCAGAAACAGAGACAGGCCUGCUGGUCUCCAUGCUGAAUUCCUGCCCAGAGAUCCAGAUUGACACAGCAGACAAGGAGGUAGAGCAAGAUGUCACCUCUCUUACAACUUUGCUGGCGAGUCCAGAAAGUACCUGCACACUACGACCCUCAUGUUUGGAGAAAGAUCUUACCAAUGGUGUGAGCUCCCUCGAUCCUAGUCUGCCACAGGUUUUGCUUUCCUCCUCUCCAACUGGUCCUCUCAACUCAGCCACCUUCAGCUUUGAGCCCCUGAGCAGUCCAGAUGGCCCAGUUGUCAUCCAGAACCUCCGUAUCACUGGCACCAUUACCGCUCGAGAGCACAGUGGCACCGGAUUCCACCCAUACACACUCUACACGGUGAAGUAUGAGACGGCCCUUGACAGCGAGAACAGCAGCAGCCUGCAGCAGUUGGCGUACCACACUGUUAAUCGCCGCUACCGCGAGUUCCUGAAUCUACAGACCCGUCUGGAGGAGAAAUCAGAUCUUCGGAAGUUCAUCAAACAUGUGAAGGGUCCUAAAAAGCUCUUUCCAGAUCUCCCGUUUGGAAACAUGGAUAGUGACAGAGUAGAAGCCCGUAAGAGCCUCCUGGAAUCAUUCCUAAAGCAACUCUGUGCCAUUCCUGAGAUCGCUAAUAGUGAGGAGAUGCAGGAGUUCCUUGCUCUGAACACAGAUGCUCAUAUUGCCUUUGUCAAGAAACCAUUCAUGGUCUCCAGAAUAGACAAGAUGGUGGUGAAUGCUAUCGUGGACACCUUGAAGACCGCGUUUCCUCGCUCUGAGCCCCAGAGCCCCACCGAGGAGCUGAGUGAGGCCGAGACAGAGAGCAAGCCCCAGACAGAAGGCAAGAAGACCAGCAAGUCCAGACUGAGGUUCUCAUCCAGUAAGAUUGCUCCAGCACUGAAUAUAAGUGAAGCACAAGAGAAGAUUCUCUAUUGUCUCCAGGAAGGCAGUAUGGAGUCAGAGAUUCUAUCCAUGUCUGGGAUGGAAUCCUUUAUUGAAAAGCAGACAAAAUUACUAGAAAUGCAGCCAGCAGAAGCCCCAGAAAAAGAUCCUGAACACACCCCCAAAGGAUGUGUGGAUGGUUGCUUGUCAGAUGCAGCCGUGCCAGCCCAAGACCUUAGUGACAGUGAUCCAGGAACAGAGACGGAAUUGGCUGACACAGCCCUAGAUCUGCUCCUCUUGUUGCUAAUGGAACAGUGGAAAUGGCUGUGUACAGAAAACAUGCAGAAAGUUCUUCAUCUUAUCUUUGGGACCCUAAUUCAGAGGUGGCUAGAAGUGCAGGUAGCUAAUCUAACGUGUCCACAGUGCUGGGUGCAGUACCUCCAGCUUCUUCAGGAGUCCAUCUGGCCUGGUGGGGUUUUGCCUAAGUAUCCACGGCCUGGAAGGACCCAGGAGCAGAAGGUGGCAGCUGAGAAACAGGCUUUGCAGAGCCUGAUGGGAAUCCUGCCAGGUGUCGUAGUAGAGAUCCUUGGGGCGAACAAGUGCCAGCUGAGCUGGGGGCUCAUCCUGGAGUCCCUGCAGCAGCCCCUCAUCAACAGACAUUUGAUUUAUUGCCUCUGGGACAUCAUCCUGGAAUUUUUGGAUCUCAGUGCCUCAGUUGAAGAGUCUACUGUAACUACCGCUGCCGCAGAUACCCCAGACAACCCCAAGAGGACGGGUGUCUCCCCUUAGCCGUUGUUCAUGUGCCCAUUCUUGGAACGUUGGGAAAGGAGAGUCACUCUGCCACCCAGAACUUGUCAGGAGGCCUGCGCCCGCCGCAGCAGGGCUGUGACUCAGAAGGCGUGGGUCUCUGGCAGUUCGCCCCUCAGUUCUCCAUGUGAGGGGUGGUGGAGGGUAUAUGUACCAGUUGCAUUCAUGUCCAAUUGUCAUACCUUUGUUUUGUGGUGUUUGGAGUAUUGCUGGUGGGUGGACUGUUUCCUGUGGAAGAGGACUCUGAGCCCCGUUUGCCUGGCCCUGUGCGUACAUGCACCUCACCCACCAACAUACCCAAUCUAGAUACACCAAGAAAAAUAGCCAGAUUUCCUUGGAGGAGAAGACAGUCUUCUGAGCUCCCUAUUCCCAGCAGGAAACCGGAAGUUCAUUCAGGACCAUUCUCGAAAGCCAGAUCCCUAGUCUCCCAGCAAUUCCAGGAGAGGACGGAAGCAUUUCUCAGGGGAGCCUUCUGGAGGGGCCAUUUAGAGUGGCUUCCCGGGUGGCUGCACUGUUCCUGUGCAGAAGACUUCAGAGCAGCCUGCCGAAGCCUCUGGCAGGUGCAUCCCGCCCUCCACACCCUUUCCUGAAAGAAAGCUGCGGCACAAAUUUCAUUGAUUUUAUUUCCUCCCCGAGAGCAGUAGAGUUUGGGCCUUUGGGACCUGUCUUGUCUUCCUUCAACAAAAUCACAUGGCAAUUUGAUGUUCAGCUCAGUGCUUCUGAAGGGAAGGGAGACACUUGCUCCGCGGCUGAGAAUGCUCGGGGGGUGGGAACCACAGGAACGAGGGUGUCCGCACAAGUCCGACGGGACUUUUAAUCAGCACCAGUAAUGUUAGCAGACUUACAGGGAAUUGAUUGCCCACAAAAAGAUGUUAACUCCCUGUUCUUAAGGAUCUAGUUAUGAAGGCAAAGGGCCUGUGUCAGGGUGCAGUAUCUUUUAAAAAAUGGAACAAUUAAGCCUUGGCUAGGUAACUCAGUUGGCUAGAGCAUCGUUCCGAUACACCUAGGUUUCGGGUUCGAUCCCCA